CCUAGUUUUGCAGUGGUUCUCCCAUUUAUUCGGCUUGUGUCGUUUCCUUCCCUUUCCUCACGAUCCGAGGAAGACACCAAUCAUCUCUCCGCGCCCUUUUUGGGUAACCGUCUGAAGUGCAGCAAUGGAGGAUGGAUUGCAUUUGCGGCAUCCAUCGGUAGUUCAGAAGUUGUCUGGACAGUCUUAUCUUGUGUCCAGGCUUGCCCCAAAUCACUCCAGAAACUAUUCUACCACUGGUAGUUACUUCAACGGGGGCUUGCAGUCUUCGGGUUUGGUUCCGGUCACUGCACAUGCGCCGGCUGAGAAAGGGGCCGCUGCAUUUUUGGUGGAUUUCCUCAUGGGAGGAGUGUCGGCUGCUGUGUCCAAGACGGCUGCUGCUCCAAUUGAGCGAGUUAAGUUGCUUAUCCAGAACCAGGAUGAAAUGAUCAAGAGUGGGCGUCUGUCUGAGCCAUACAAGGGAAUUGGUGAUUGUUUCACUCGAACCAUGAAGGAUGAAGGCGUGAUUGCUCUUUGGAGAGGAAAUACUGCUAAUGUUAUCAGAUACUUCCCUACUCAGGCUCUGAACUUUGCUUUCAAGGAUUAUUUCAAGAGGCUUUUCAACUUCAAAAAAGAUAAAGAUGGCUACUGGAAAUGGUUUGCUGGGAAUUUAGCAUCUGGUGGGGCUGCUGGGGCUUCCUCCCUUUUGUUUGUCUAUUCAUUGGACUAUGCACGAACACGUUUAGCAAAUGAUGCUAAGGCUGCGAAGAAGGGUGGUGAGAGACAGUUCAAUGGCAUGAUUGAUGUUUACAAGAAAACCAUCAAGUCUGAUGGUAUUGCUGGCCUUUACCGUGGCUUCAACAUCUCAUGUGUUGGAAUCAUAGUGUACCGUGGACUUUACUUCGGAAUGUAUGAUUCACUGAAACCAGUGGUCUUGGUUGGUGGAUUGCAGGAUAGUUUCUUUGCAAGUUUUCUUUUGGGAUGGGGGAUCACAAUAGGUGCUGGCUUGGCCUCUUACCCCAUUGAUACUGUGCGUAGAAGAAUGAUGAUGACAUCAGGAGAAGCGGUUAAAUACAAGAGUUCUUUGGAUGCAUUCAAGACAAUCGUAGCAAAAGAGGGUACUAAGUCACUCUUUAAAGGUGCUGGUGCAAACAUAUUACGUGCUGUUGCAGGUGCUGGGGUGCUUGCCGGUUAUGAUAAGCUACAGCUCAUCUUGUUUGGAAAGAAAUAUGGUUCUGGUGGAGGUUAAGGUACAGAUAAUGAUGACGACAACUAUGGUGGAAUCAUGUUUCCCCUUUGCAUUCAAUAAUUUGGUUGAAAAAUAGUGGUUUUGAAGUUUCCCCUAUGUAGGGGCUUUAUAUUCAGAAAUCAUAGUUUUGCAAACUUUAAUUUUUGUUGGUUUAUUACAUGUCCUUAGCUUAUUAUCCGUGUAGUUUUUAGACGUUUUGGUUGAAAUAAUUGGAGACUGAAGUUUUAUUUAUUCAUGUUUUUUCUGGAA